AGUAGCCUUGAUGAAGUCGGCGCCUCAAUGCAGGUUUUAAGAUAAUUGCAAAUCUAGUAACUCAAUCAGUUUAAAUUAACAAAUGUCAUAUAUUAAACUGGUCAACUACUACUACUCAUCAAGUCACGGUCUUAUACUGUAAGAAGUAAAAUAAAGGUUUCAGUAAGAAUUUGCAGACUAAAAUUCCACGGAAAAUUGAAUAUCAAAGUUAUCGAAAUUUCUGAUUAUCCAACAUAUUUCACCGCACGUCAACAUGUUGCUAUAAUAUAUUUCAAUAGUAAUAUACCAAUGGGUCAAGAGUUGAAUAUCUUAAUAAUUUAUUCAGGACCGGUUUUUAUUAGUGUUUUAUUUUUAUUUCAUUUUUCAAAUCCACUCGUCUUUGGUAUAAACCUAGUGUCGUAGUUGACUGGAGACAGUAGUUGAAUAUGUUCGGUUUAAACAUUUUGUUUAUUUCAUCAUUUAUAAUUUAUGUUGUGGGUCAAGAAUUGAUAUCACCCUGUCCGCGUUUGUUCGAAUAUGAACCACGGAAUCCUAAAGAACCUGAUAAAAUUUAUGGUGUACUUAAUCUUCAUUCUGAUGCCGAUCUCAAUGGGGUUUGGUUAAGGCUUAUAUUUGAUAAACCUAGCUUACAAUUAGGGAAUUGGUUUGGUAUCAUUCUAACUGACGAUAACAUAGUCUACAAAAUCCAAGCACCUUCGAAGAAAUUAUUAGCCCAUGUGCCACAAAGAGUUCGAUUUUACAUCAGAUAUGAUACAAGUAAACCACCUCCUAAGCUGAUAGAGUAUCGACUUAAUGCUAAGACGGUAUGUCCAGAAGGCAUCAAACCUACAAUAGAGCCUCCUGUAUCGUUGGAUUAUUUUACAAGCCCGGAGUUAUCGACAACUUCACGGCAAGUGCCCUUUGAACGACCUGUGCAAUCUACAGCAACUCCAUCAUUCAUCGAUAAUCUAUAUCAACCAAAUGAAUCAUUGGGAUCAACAGACGAAAAUGAUGAUACUUUUGUUGGGGAUCUAAAUCUAAUCCAAAGACCUCGACCUAACAGACCUUAUUUAGAAGACAAAUGUGGAAUAGUUAUUAAACCAGCCCAACCGCUAAUAACGUACGGCCAACCGACAAGUGAAGGAGAAUAUCCAUGGCACGCUGCUCUGUAUCACGCCAGGGGAAUAGACUUAUCUUAUAUCUGUGGAGCAACAUUAAUUUCCAGACUUCAUUUAAUCACUGUAGCACAUUGUGUUACUAAAAAAAGAACCCAAACUGCUUUAUCUCCCAGCAGCCUCAUAGUUUAUUUAGGUAAAUUUUAUUUGAAAGUAUGGUCAAACCCGGGCAUACAAGACAAACAAAUAGACAAAAUAAUAGUUCAUCAGAAAUAUAGCUCUAGUACUUUUGCUAACGACAUUGCGCUAUUGAAGUUAACUGAAGAAGCUGAAAUAACAGCGUAUGUGAGACCAGUUUGUUUAUGGGAAGAAAAUACCAAUUUGGAAAGUGUUAUUGGACGACAAGGAAUUGUCGUUGGCUGGGGAUUCGAUCAAACUGGUAAAGUAACCGAUCAACUAGCAAAGGCUUACAUGCCUGUUGUUUCACAAGAUACCUGCAUUUAUUCAUUUGCCGAAUUUUAUUCAAGAUUUACUACUGACCAUACCUACUGCGCGGGCUUUAAUAAUGGUACCUCAGUAUGUAAUGGAGAUUCUGGUGGAGGUAUGGUAUUUCCAAAGAAAAAUUUCGAUUCUGCUAAUCCAAUUUGGCAAUUGAGAGGAAUGGUUUCAAUAAGUGUUGCGCUACAGAACCAAUUUAGAUGUGAUUCAUCUCACUACGUUGUGUUUACGGACAUUGCGAAAUACUUAGAUUGGAUAAGAAAUGCUUUAACUCUUUGACGAUAUUUUAAUAUAUAUUAUGACGAUAAUUUUUUAUGCCAGGCGCAAGAAAUACACCUAAAGAGGUGACGCCUUAGUUCCUAAACUUUCUUCUUUAGGUUCUUUAGAUGUUAUCACAAAAAUAUAAAAUAAACUUUUUGUAAGAUGUAUAAGAUCCAUUCACUUUUUCCACAGAUUUUCAUAUUUUCCAUCAUCAGGAUUAAACGAUUUAUGAAAAUUCAUCUUAAAUAGUUGAAACUAAAGCUCUGAAUAUCUCUGCCAUAGUUUAAAUUUCCAGAAUGUUUUAGUCAUUUUUUAGUAAUUACCAAUUAAUCGAAAAUACGCACAAAUACACAACAGUUCAGAUUUGACUCUCUAAAAUUUUUAUUACAAAAAUGAUUUCCUACCAAUCCAAAACAUAGUGAGAAUAGUUCAAAUUUCAUUCAUUCCUAUUUAUGUUCAUUGAUUAUUUUUUUAUGGAAAUGUAAAAUUUCUAGUCAAAUUUUAUCAGAUAGGUAUGUAGAUAAAAAUUGUCCUGUUAUAAGCUUUAGGUUUUUUGAUAAUAAUUAAGUAGGUGAAAUAUUCAUUAAUAUACAGAGUGUGUUUUAUGUAUUGAACGCCUCACUUAUAUCGGAAACGGCUUAUAUGAUUUUUCUGUAUAAGGGUGUUGUGACACAGACGGUAUCAUGUAAUAUUCUCUAUACCUAAAUGCCAUAAUUUCGGAGUUACAGCUACAUUUACAGUAUUUCCGCCAAAGUUACAACAAAUAUUGUACAUUUAGAUGGCUACGAUUGAAUAAACUUAUUUGAUUUGAAUAUUCUUUAAUAAUGUAUGUAAAAGUACAAGUGUCAGUAAGUUAGUAAAAAGUUUAACGAAACUGGUGUAUAAUAUUUAUCAAAAUCAUGACGAAGAAAACCUACAACAACUGAAGACAAAUUUUUAAAUGUUUUUGUCAUGUUAGAAGUAGAUCAGUCAUGUCAAAGAUACGGCCCGUGGUCCGCUUCCGGCCCUUGGGCCGUAUCAAUAAGGCCCGCGAUGGAAAUGUGUCAUAGAAAGAGGAAUCAUGUUUUCAGAGCUUUUAGACUUCAUUCAAUUCCUCUACAGAUAUUUUAAAUACUCGUACUGUCAAGACUACGGAUGUUUAUAAGUAAUUUCAAAGGCACGUGUCUAGACAAGCGAGAUAGAAAGACAGUAUCGCCAUCUCUUAGCAGCAAGAGGAAAUAUCCUAUUAUUUUUGUCGAGGAAGAUAGAAUCUUCCAUGCGCUUCGAGUCUAGACUAGUACCUUCCUUAACCAUAUAAAACGAGUGCGUCGACGCGACGCUAGUCAGUUGAGUCAAGUAAUCGAAGCGAAACGGUUGGAGAAGGGUUUUAAUUGUAAUGAUUGUGAAGGUAUUAUGCAUUUGUUUGUGUCGUACGAUAUCCAUAAUUGUUGUGUCGAGUUCCAUAAUUGUUACCAUUUUGGCAUAACGUCACAAAAACGUUGUUGAUAGUGAGUGCAAAGUUUUACAGUCUAAAUAGGAAAUUGCAUAUUUUUUCAUAGAAUGGAAAGAUAAACCACUGUGUUUGAUUUGUAAUCGAACAGUUACUGUUUGUAAGAAGUUUAAUUUAAAGAAACACUAUGAUACGAGUUAUAUGUCAAAAUUUGAUUGUUACACUGAAAAAAUAAGAAUCGACACAUUUUCAUCUUUAAAAUCUAAACUUCAAGGUCAACAAUCGAUGUUUACCAAAGCUAAUAAAAAGAGCGAAGAUGCCCUGAUAUCAAGUUUUAUUAUUGCAUUAUAAAUCGCGUAAAGAUCAAAACCUUUCACUGAUGGUGAUUUUAUUGAAGACUGUAUAUUGAAAGGUGCCGAUGUUUCAUUUCCAUUUCAAAAGUCAAUAAUUCAAAAUAUUUCGCUCUCAAGAAUAAAUGAUUUAUCUCAAAAUUUGGUUCUUCAAUUGAAUGAGAAAAUUAAGGAAUUUAGAAACUUUUCACUGGCUAUUAACGAGAGCACUGAUACUGUUGAUACGGCUCAACUUGCUGUUUUUAUACGAGGCAUUAACAGUAACUUUGAUAUAACUGAAGAACUAUUAAAAUGCGUUCUAUUGACAGGUACUACAACAGCAAAUGAUAUUUAUUCUGCAAUUGAGCAUUUGAUAGCAGAAUAAGUAGAUGAACAACGUAUGCACGACUACAGAAAUAGGGAAAACCGUGUGUUAGAGAGAGAGCAGCGAGACAAUGUGUAAGAGAGAGAGAGAGACUUCGUUUUUGCGCAUGCGUAAAGUUAUAUAUUCGUUGCGAUGAUAACAGCGGGAGCGCUGAUAUACCAGGUCGGUUAAAAAAGUCUUUGGGUUUUAAAAAAUUAUAUAUACCAUUAUUAUUCGCUAAUCUUGUAACAUAAAAGUAUAACGUAUAAAUAAAAAGAGAUUUUUGUCAAUGUAAGGUAUCACGCACGUAAUCGAGACAGAUUCGUUGCGAUGAUAUACCAGGUCGGUUAAAAGUCUUUGGGUUUUAAAAAAUUAUAUAUACCAUUAUUAUUCGCUAAUCUUGUAACAUAAAAGUAUAACGACUACAGAAAUAGGGAAAACCGUGUGUUAGAGAGAGAGAGAGCAGCGAGACAAUGUGUAAGAGAGAGAGAGAGAGACUUCGUUUUUGCGCAUGCGUAAAGUUUCGUUGCGAUGAGCGGGAGCGCUGAUAUACCAGGUCGGUUAAAAGUCUUUGGGUUUUUUAAAAAUUAUAUAUUCCGUUAUUAAUGUGAUUGGAAAUUAGUUUUUUGAGGAUAGCAGAAGAGUGAAGAUCAUGUUAAUCAUUAUAUUAGCUGCAGUACUAUGUCCAGUACUAUGCGUUGUCGACCAACAGUAUGCUAUGAAGUAUUUACACCGGUUCGGGUACGCAAAUGAAAAGGAUUUGACUAAACUUGAGGAUUACUUGUUGAGUUUUCAAGAAAGAUAUAAUAUCCCUGCAACGGGAGAAUUAGAUGAAAAUACAAUUCAACUUCUAAAUAGACCAAGAUGUAAUGUGAGUGAAGCAGCUUCCGACGAUGAUCAUUCUUUUAGAGUUAAAUCAAAAUGGACAAAAUUUGAUUUGAAAUGGUAUUUCCCUCAGGCAACUCCAAAAUAUCUUAAAGUAACCAAAAAGGCUUUUGAAGUGUGGAGUAACAGUUCAAAGUUUAAAUUUGAAUUAAUACACAAAAUACGGCCUUAUGCUCCCGAUAUAUCUAUUACAGUUGUACGGGGAAAGCACUAUUUUCGAGCAAAUUGCCAAGGUAGAGGUGAGUGCUCCAGUACAUUUGAUGGGCCCGGAAAGGUGUUAGCACAUGCUUAUUUCCCAAAAGGCAACAGUUGUAUAGAGCUUCAUAUUGAUGCUGAUGUGAAGUGGGAUUUAAGUUUGGAUGGAUCAAGUUCAGAAGGUCAGACUAGCCUACUUAUGGUAUUAAUUCAUGAAAUUGGGCAUAUUUUAGGAAUUGCUCACAGUGAUAUUGAGACAGCAAUAAUGUAUCCAUGGUAUCAAUUCAACAUUGCUCCUAAAUUGGAUGAGGAUGAUAAAAUGGCCCUUGAAGCUCUUUAUGGGCCAAUCAAUACAUAUGUAAAUAAUCCUUUCAAACCCACAUCAGCGCUGCCACCGACUACAAAGACACUUGCACAUCAACCAAAUGAACCGGAUAAAAAUUUAUGCGACAUAAUACCGGAGUAUAUGUUCAUUGCCAUGGCUGGUGAAUUUGAAAAUUACCAUUUAUAUAUUAUUAAUGAAAAUUCCCUAUGGAAAAUUGAUUUGAAUUCGAAACUUAUUCCCUCGCAACCAGAAAUACUCGAUGAUUAUUUACCUGAAGAAGUGGGUCCCAUAAUUCAGAUUUUUCAAAGUUCUUCAGAUAAUUUAAUAGCAGUCAAUGACCGUAAAUACUAUGUAGCAGAUUUUCCCGCUCUACAAAUACUUGAGGAAAAUAAUUUAAUUAUACCUAAGAAUUCUCAAAUAAACACAAUGUUUCAAAGCAAUCAUGG